GUUAAACCUGCACAGGAAGAGGCUUCGGGUCUGGAGGACGACGUCUCGGAUAUAUUAUCCUUCAUCUUUAACAUGCCCCAAGCUAAUGUGUACCUAGGUCCAGUGAUAUGUGGUUAGCUUGGCGUUUUGACAGUUCCCAGCCCCGUUUGGUCCUAAGACAUUGCACAAGAAAAGACAGCCAUUACUUCAGCAGCCUCAGCUAAUUCUGUCAUCCAUCAUUUAAGUGGCUGUUCAAUGCCUAAUACAUCAGAAGGUCAAGGAGCAAACCUACCUGGGCCAGCAGAGCCGUCAGGGCUGCAAAGGCCCACCGAUGGGGAGGAGGAUCACGGCCUGAUCAGCUCCCUCGCCCGGGACGCUGCGAGAGUAAGGAGGGCUUCCAGUGCCGAGCUCCACCUGCAGUGGACCUGCCCGGUCACACACUCCCGUGAGAAGUUCUACACAGUCUGCUCCGACUAUGCUCUUCUCAACCAGGCUGCUUCUGUGUACUGUCCCCCAAACUCAGCCAGGGACGUGGCCCCAAACAAGCAGGAUGAUGGGCCAUCACUUUUGAAACCCAAACUCUCAUCUGACUUCAGUGCGGGCCAGCCGGAAGGGGCCCAUGUAGGAUCAGAUGGGGACUGUGACAUGGUGGAAGUAUCCUCUGGCCACUCAAAGCCAAUUUUGGCCUGGGAGAUUGAUACCACAGACUUCAAUGCUGUGCUCACUAGAAAAAUAAGAACAAGCAAUGUGAAGAAAAGCAGCACAAAGAAGAUGAAGUCAUCAGACAGACCCAGCCGAAAUCUACAAGAUGUCCUUCCUCACGCCUCACUGGAGGAGAUCAAACAGAGAAAAGUGCUAGACCUCAGAAGAUGGUACUGCGUCAGUCGGCCACAGUACAAGACGUCAUGUGGAAUCUCUUCAUUGGUGUCCUGCUGGAAUUUCUUGUACAGCACUCUGGGCGCAGGGAGUCUUCCACCCAUCUCUCAGGAGGAGGCUCUGCAUAUUCUGGGUUUUCAGCCGCCUUUUGAAGAAAUCAAGUUCGGCCCUUUCACUGGCAAUGCUACUCUCAUGCGGUGGUUCAGACAAAUCAACGACAAUUUCCGCGUGCGAGGCUGCUCCUACAUUCUGUACAAACCGCAUGGAAAACACAAGACAGCAGGAGAAACAGCUGAAGGAGCAUUGAUGAAACUGACACAGGGGUUGAAGGAUGAGUCUAUGGCCUACAUUUACCACUGCCAGAACCACUACUUCUGCCCGGUGGGCUUUGAAGCCACGCCGCUCAAAGCAGCAAAGGCUUAUAGGGGUCCUCUACCUACAAAUGAAAUGGAGUACUGGAUCCUUAUUGGUGAACCCAGUAGGAAACACCCAGCUAUUCACUGUAAAAAAUGGCUGGAUAUUGUGACUGACCUCAACACACAAAAUCCAGAAUACCUGGACAUUCGUCACACAGAGAGGGGGAUUCAGCGCCGCAAAACCAAAAAGGUGGGUGGCAACCUGCACUGCAUCAUGGCCUUCCAGAGGGUGAACUGGCAGAAGCUCGGCCCCUGGGCUCUAAAUUUGGAGAACCUGCGCCACGACUUCCACCACUCCGGCACAGAGCGGGGCCAUGGAAGCGUCGCCGAAGAAACUGAGGAGAGAACGUCAUCCAAGCGCCUGGCCUACCUGGGACGCUCACACAGUAUGGGAAGUCAGAAAGACACCAGCUGGAAACGCCUGUCCAACUCUACAGAGUACAGACAGAGGAGCUCCCCUGACAGCGAUCUUGAUGAAGACAUUACAGACUGAAAAGGUUUAUUGGGACAUACAGGGGGGUUAAAUAACAAACAUUAUAAUACAGUACAGUAGCCAUAGGAUACAUUUUAAAUAUAAUAUCUGGUGUUCUAUAUUUUACUGUCAACAAAGCCCAUGAAACAACCAAAACCAACAAUGUGUUGGACUGUCUCUCAGUACUCUCUGACUUUCUAACCCCAUCCUAACCACUGAAGAUGUAAAUCAUUAAACACAUAGUUUAAUUUUUAAACAUGCAAUAACUGAUUUGUUUGUCCACUCGGGGACAACAGAAACAUGUUAUGACAUUUAAAGUUGAUAUGGUGAACUUGAUAGCAAACAGUUGCAUUGGCAUCCAUUUGGAGUGUAAUAUUCACUUAAUUCACUCUUUUUAGCUCUGGUUUUGGUCUCUACCAACUCCUCAGGGAAAUAUCUGGCUCUUUAGCUGCUAAAUGCUCAACUAGUCGCUAACUGUGACUGUCUGGCAUUUGGUGCGGAGCAGGUAGUACCAAAACACUAAAGUUGCAGCCAGAGCUACUAUAAAGCUCCAUAACGCCAAGAGGUGCUACAGAUUUGCAGGAUAAUUCUCUGUAGGUUCAUCACUAUAAGCAACCCCCUUCCACAUUGUCAGUGUUUUUAUGAUCAUGAAAUACAUUGUAAUAAAAAAAAAUCACUUAUAGCCCCAAAAAUAGCUGGACACUGUAGUUUUUAGCAAAUGUUACGAAUACCAGAGGAAAUAGUGCAUUUGUCAGGGACUAUUUUCAGUGGCGGAUUAAUACACAUUUGGUGCACCAAUGAGUAUUUAGGGCAGCAGGACGUAUGUCGGAUUAACUGAAAAUAAAAUUAUAAUUCAUUGUUGGUUGUGGUCUUUUCAUGGGCUAUGUUGACCGUUAGAAAAAAAUAGAAUAUCACAGAAUAUAGACUUGAUACUUUCGUAUUGGUGAAUGAAUGAAUGAAUGUUUUUUAAGACUAUCAGAUGUAGAUUCAACUCAACCGUCAUUUUGCGGGCCAUAUUGUAGUUUUUAGUGCUUUAAAUCAAGUAACCUGAAAAUCUGAAACCUUUUGCCGCUUUUCUGUCCUUCAGCAGCAUCUGCGAAUGAUACACCAACAACUACUUUAAAUCGAUAACAAUAACGGCAGCUAAACGAGUGAGCCACAGUAAAUCACCAUUUAGCAGUCCAUCACUAGAGGUCUUACGCUAACUGUUUUUAUGUUUUCCACACAUUGCAUCAGUUGCAAACAAGGGAAAGUCUUAAAAAUCAGGGUGACAUAUGGAAAACACAAAAAAGUAACACUGACAAAUAUGAAGAGGGGACAGGGCAUUUUCUUAACAGCACAUCGAACUACGGCCUCAAAAAUGAACUUCUUUCUUAAAAAACUUGCAACACAAGCUUUGUUGGGUAUUAACUUCACGGCGACUGUAUUGUAAGGCGUUUCUGUUAUUUUGUCCAUCCCUGUUUUAUACUAAAAUAGGGCAUUAGGCUACACACUACAGGAUUAUUUUCUGUCGUCCUACUACUAAUCACACGCACAUCUUAAUUUAAUUAUGGUUAUAUCGCAUCAUCUUAAACUCACUGCAGUGGUACAGGAAGAGUGCACAUUACAUUCAACUAAUGCCGUCUAGGAAACGUGACAUCGACACAUUUGCUUAAAUUCUGUUCGAAGAUAAACACACUUCCAUAAUUCAUUGUACAGGUAAAGUGGGCUUGUUUUGCACCUGGUGUACAGUUGUUAGUUCAGUGGAAAUGCUGUCCAAGUGUUGUGAAAGCAGCUGACAUUUUGUUGUGCUUUGUGAAACGUACAGGAAGUCUGUCGUGUAGUUGAUCCCAAUUUUUAAGAGACGGGAGCUGUACAGACGUGAUUGUGGAAACCCUCAAACCAUUCAAAAUGUGAAACCACAGAAAGUGAAGCCUGCAUGGGUUACUUUCAUGUUUCUGUACAGCCACGAUUCUGUUUGCACCUCUUGUGGUGCCAUUUGUUUCUGACCCAACACAGAUGUCAUUGUGUCAUUUGAUGUAGUGGUUUAUUUAUUCAUUUUUCCAAUAAAUUAAGUUUUUUAUAA